AUGGGAUUACUUGUACACUCUCUGGGACAUCUUAUGGCCAAUGAGUACGUUCUCAUUGCCCUGGCCAUGUUAUUCUUCCUCGUCACUCUCUCUAGCCGCUCCCAUUCAAGGGAACGAUCUUCGACGUCAGCGUCGCCCUCCCUCAAUUCCACUCGUAAAGAAUGUAAAGCACCAAAUACACCCAGCUGGGGACGAAGAACUCCGAGACCCAUCCAAUGGUACCAGGAUAUGUACUUCCAGAUUCACAAUUUGGAACAGUAUCCGACCGUGCUGGAACCAGCUCGCGAUGAGCUCUUAGCAAUGAUAGCAGAUGGGGUCUCGCUCGCCCUCGAAGCCCCCGAGAAAGGAAUUCUCCGCGUUGAAAGCUAUGAUGCCGAACGACUUCGAUCCUUCAUCAACGGUGAACACGAAAAAACAAUGAACGAAUGGGCAAGAUACCAUGAUCGCAGGAAACUGGGACUGGGACCGACACUUUUUGGAAACAUAGCAGAAGCAAAGAAGUGGCUCACCCAGCGAGCUCCAGCAAAACUGGUCGACGGCGCUUGGCUAAGCCAUAUACACAAAAUCACCACCCCCUUUGCUCUUCGCGGAGUGACGAAAGAUGCGUGGCAGAUAUUGUCCGAAGAGCUUGGAGACGGAGAUGUCAACCGAAACCAUGUAUUCAUCUAUAACCAGCUUCUGAAGGAAAUUGGAUGCCCCCUGCCAGACCCCCAAAGCCGUGACUUUAUUGAAUCACCAAGCUUGGAAGUAAUGGAUGAUCAGCGUUUCUGGAAAGGCGCCGUUGCCCAACUGCUCAUCUCACUCUUUCCCAACGAGUUUCUUCCUGAGAUCCUUGGUUUCAACAUGCAUUACGAACUUAUCAGCCUGGAAGCACUGAUGGCCGCCCAUGAGUUGAAGGAACUUGGCGUCAACUCUUCCUACUUCCUCCUCCACAUCUGCAUCGAUAACGCUGAUUCUGGACACACAGCCAUGGCGUUACAGAAUGUGAUUGAUUACCUCGAACUCAUAAAAGCAAGUGAAUUACCAAGCGUCCUCGAGGAACAUUGGAGACGCGUUCAGGCUGGGUACAUAUUAUCCCAAUCACUGGCCGUGUCCCCUUGCGACGGCAGAGCGGUGUCUGGGUCGAGUUCUCCAAGUAACUCGCGGCGUGUCAGGCAAAUAGUACCGACUGAUUCACUGACUCGUCAAAUUAUUGAAAUUUUCAAGGGCAAGUCCACGGUCUCGCCCAAGUACCAUUGCCAAAGCAAAGUAAAGAUCGGAAAUCGCACACUGGCCGAAUGGCUUGACUCCACCUUAUGGAUGCACGACGAUGAGCAAAAGCAUAUAGAGCUUCUGGGGGCACUUGCCAAGUCGAAAAGAUGGGUUCAGCCUGGCAUGGGCAGCGCGAGCAAGCUCGUACAGGAAUUAUCUUGGGGCGGCCGAAUGUUCGGGGCCUUCACGAACGAGGAAUUGGAUGCGCUCAUUGCAUGGAUUGACCUCCUUGACCCGGAAAACAGCAGCUGGUUAUAUUACAGGUUCACUCUCCGGGCGCCGGUGGCUUCUAGAGAUGUUGUAGGCGGCCUUCAAGAUCCGACAUGCCAUCAUCUAACCCUGCCAGCUCGGAAUGCGGAUGAGACAAUUGAUGGAGCUUUCAUGGAGAAGCUUCCAGACUGUCGCUUGGACACGGAGUGCCCAGAUCAGAAAACACCUUUGAAUACACCUUCCAAAACCCAACUGCCGGAUAUCGUGGCACUCUGGUUUGCCCACAUCGGUCUCCUGGAAAAUAUAAUCAAUGUACCCGCUCGAACUGCCACCUCGCUCUACUCCGGUAUCCUACUUGCUCUCCGGGCCCAAGCUGGCUUUGCAGCAGAAGCACAUGUCCCCGCUGGCAUGGCCGAGGUAAGGCGUCAACCAGCCUGUAGUCUGGUGGACAUCGGCCUUGAGAUAAUAUCCAGAGCCCAGUGGACAAGGGAUGGGAACCCUUCAUGUCUAAAAGAUGUGUUUGUCCUAGCUAGGAAACAAGGACAAAGUGCUGAAAGCAUCAAGCUAUCUGAUAAUAUGCUUCGUUGGGCGAAUCGCCCCAAUGAAAACUUUGGGAUUCUUGUUGGUCUGGCACUGGCAUUCCUCGGAUUGAAAGAGGCUAUUGCUGGGUCACAUGAGUUGCUCAGCGAGGAAAGUCAAGCUGCAUUGAAGGCGAUCAUCAAAAGGGAGCAAAAGGGGUUAUUCAGCUGCUUGCAAGAAAUCAAAUCUACCGGUGAUGGGCGCUACAAAGACAUAGAAAAAGGCUAUUGCCUUGGAAGAUCGGCCCUCGAGAAAUUGUUGGGAAAGACAGCCGGGGUCGAAAAUACUUUUCUAAUGCGCACCGCUUAA